CCCGAAGUGGGAGUGGCUCACAAGCCCCGCCCCCCCGGUUCAUUUCCCGCCCCAGGAUUGGCCGCAGCCGAGCCAGAAUGUUCCGGGUGCCUCCCGGGGCCGGGACCAAUCGCGGCGCUUGUGGUCGCUGACGUCAUCAUGACGCUGCUGAUCGCGGGCGGAGCCUAUUGGCUGGCGGGGCGGGGCCGCCGAGCACCGCCCAAGCCCCGCCCCCCGGAGCAGGACUCGCACUACCAGGAGCUGCAGGGCGCACGCGCGGAUCUCUACAGCGAGCUCAAGCGCUGAGCGCGGCCUCCCGCUAGGCUUCCGCCUUCCACUACCGCCAUUAAAGCGCUUUUUGCCGUUUCGCA